AUGUCUCGUCGCGGGGUUGGCCUGGGGGCGUUCGCCAACCGAACGCAAGCGACACAGUCUUUUGCUACUCAUGGCGCCAACUUGCGCUCCUCGCAUCUGGCAUCACUCCAGACGCAGCUUUCUGUGUUCCAGUCUCUACUCCACACCUUUGCUCUGGAGCAUAGCUCCACCAUCAAGUCCAAUCCCACUUUCCGGGCGGAGUUUGCACGCAUGUGCAACACCAUUGGUGUAGAUCCUCUUGCUGCAAGUAACGUGAAAGGCAAGGAUGGACGUCGUGGAAUUGGUGAAGGUGGGAGCUUUUGGACGCAGAUCAUGGGUGGUGACAUGAAUGACUUCUACUUCGAGGUUGCGGUCCGCGUUGUGGAGUUAUGUCGAGAUACGAGGGAUGAGAACGGUGGGUUAAUCGGUGUUGAAGAGUGUCAAAAGAGAGUGCGCAAGGGAAAGGCCAUCGGAAGUGGUCUUGAAGUAUCAGAGUAUGACACGCCUGGAAAGACAACCAGCCAAGACGAUCGGAAAUUUGCUCACAUCUCUCGCAGGGACGACAUUCUUCGCGCAGUCCGGUCAUUGGAGCCUCUCGGAUCCGGUUUCUCCAUCGUGCUCGUCGGCUCCAAAAAAUAUAUCCGUUCAAUUCCUAAGGAGCUCAACACCGAUCAAUCGACUGUCUUGGAAGUGAUUCAAAUGCUUGGUUUUGUGAGCGUGUCUAUGUUGAAGCUUAAUCUCAAUUGGGAAAAGGCUAGAGCGCAAACAGUCAUUGAUGAUCUUCUCGCCGAUGGCCUUGUUUGGCUUGAUGCUCAAGGGGCUGAAAAUGAGUACUGGUCACCUCAGAAUCUCUUGGAUGAUAGCGGUUGA